AUCGUGGACAACAAGCCAGAGUGCAUGAUGGCGGCGUCGCUGCUGCGCCGGGACAAGAGAGCUGCUGCCGCCCACCUGAAGGCAGACCUAACCCGCACCGACAACAGCUCCGGGCUGCGGCAGCUCCACGAGCUGCUCGACGUGGUCCUGAACCCCGAGAAGACAGCGGCGGACACGGAGGCGCUCGACUGGUGCAAAUAUCUGCUCGCAGGGGGCGAGUGUUUCGAGGAGUUUUACAAAACCGUGCGCUCCUAUGACAACGCCACUCUGUGCGGCUUGGUGUGGACGGCCAAUUUCGUGGCGUAUCGAUGCCGGACCUGCGGCAUCUCGCCGUGCAUGUCAUUGUGCGCCGAGUGUUUUAAUCAUGGAGACCACGCAGGCCACGACUUCAACAUGUUCCGGAGCCAGGCCGGCGGGGCCUGCGACUGCGGGGACGGGAAUGUCAUGCGAGAGAGCGGGUUUUGCUUGCGGCAUCGGUUGAAAACUGGUGAAAAUGUCCCCUCAAUACCACGAGAUCUUCUCUUGAUGUCUGAGAUGGUUCUUCCUCGCUUUAUUCUGUGUAUCAUACAGUAUCUGAGAGAUGGAUAUGUUGAACCAGACACCUCAACUGACAGAGAUCUACAAAAGGUCCUGCAACAACUGGAACCUCAUAUCUCCUUCCUGGAGGAGCUCACAAAGAUGGGGGGAGCAAUGCGGACUGUGCUGACAAAAAUCUUGACCAAUCAGCAAACGUUCAAGGAGUUGAGCAUGGGCCAAGAAGAGAAUUUGUAUGCUAAAAAGAACUAUGAAAAGUAUUUGUCAGCGUUGAAGAAUUCAGGUCUGGUGUCUGUGGAGGAGAAAGUUCAGGGUGCUACUGCUGGUGAUGUCACUGUUGGAGCUGAAGGAGGAGCAGGAGCGAUUGGUCUGCUAGGAUCCAGUGGACCAGGCAGCCCAGAUGAUUCUUGUAAAGAGGACGAUCAAGAUGGAGGGCAGUCUGUUGGUCAGAGAAAGAGGGUUAAGCUGAGCAGCAGUAGCAAAGACCCUUGCAUCAUCGAGUCACUAAAGCAUAAAUGCUUUCUGGAAGAGUUGUUGUUUUGGACAAUAAAGUAUGAGUUUCCUCAGAAGAUGGUCACCUUCCUAUUAAACAUGCUGCCAGAUCAAGACUACAAGAUCACAUUUACAAAAACGUUUGUUCAACAUUAUGCCUUCAUCAUGAAAACAUUGAUGAAAAGCCAUGAAUCGGAUACAAUGUCCAACCGCAUCGUGCACAUUAGCGUGCAGCUGUUCAGCAACGAGGAGCUGGCCCGACACAUGACGGAGGAUUGCCAGCUCCUGGACAUCAUGGUCACGGUCCUCCUCUACAUGAUGGAAAGUUGCCUUAUCAAGAGUGAGCUUCAGGAUGAAGAAAACAGUCGCCACGUAGUGGUGAACUGCAGCGAAGCACUGUUGAAGAACAAUACCUACUGGCCCCUCGUUAGUGAUUUCAUCAACAUCUUGUCACACCAAAGUGUAGCAAAAAAGUUCCUGGAAGACCAUUCCUUGUUAAUGCUGUGGAUGAGCUUUGUCUCAUUUUUCCAAGGUAUGAACCUGAAUAAGAGGGAGUUGAAUGAGCAUGUGGAAUUUGAGUCGCAGACAUACUAUGCAGCAUUUGCGGCAGAGCUGGAAGCCUGUGCACAACCGAUGUGGGGUCUUCUAACACAUUGCAAAGUCAAAGAGACACAGGAAUAUACCAAAACGGUGGUUCGCUACUGUUUGGAGACCCUGCAGAUCUGGUUUGAUGCAAUUGGUUUCAUCGAUGAGCCUGCUCCAAAUCAAGUGACGUUUCACCUGCCACUCCACCGCUACUACGCGAUGUUCCUCAGUAGGGCUGUAAAAUGCCAAGGUUUGGAUCUGGACAGCCUCUUGCCUGACCAAGAGAUGCUUAUGAAGAUUAUGGUGCAUCCACUUCAAAUACAGGCAUGUCUGUCAGAAAUCCACAGCAAUAUGUGGGUCAGGAAUGGUCUGCAGAUCAAAGGACAGGCUAUGACUUAUGUGCAGUCACACUUCUGCAAUUCCAUGAUUGACCCAGACAUCUAUCUGCUCCAGGUUUGCGCCUCAAGACUAGAUCCUGACUACUUUAUCUCAAGUGUUUUUGAGAGGUUUAAAGUCGUUGACCUCUUGACAAUGGCGUCUCAGCAUCAAAAUGCUGUGUUGGACUCUGAGCAGGAAAGACCAAUGCUAGAAGGAGCGCUGACUUUUUUAGUCAUACUGACGAGCCUUCGCAUCCAUCAAGGGAUGACGGACGAUGAGAUCCUCCGAGCUGAGAUGGUUUCUCAACUGUGUAUGAAUGAUCGUACACACAGUGCACUGUUGGACCUCAUUCCUGAGAAUCCCAACCCAAAGAGUGGCAUUGUACCGGGCAGCUGUAGUUUUGAGGAUAUGCUCUCUGCUGUGGCUGAUUUCAAGGCACCUGUGUUUGAACCAGGAGGCUCCAUGCAGCAGGGGAUGUACACACCCAAACGUGAGGUCUGGGAGAAGGAAUUUGACCCCAUCAUGGUCAUUCUCAGAAUAGUCUAUCGCCGUGAUGUCCAGUCAGCAAUGGACAGAUACUCAGCCUUUUUGAAACAGUAUGGCAUUCAUACUGGCAACCCAUGGCCACCUUACAAGGAGAGGAGUCCUUUGCAUUCAUGCUACAAAGGUCUAAUCAGGCUAUUGCACUGCAAGACGCUACACAUUGUGAUAUUCACUCUGCUUUACAAGAUAUGGAUGGAUCACCAGAACAUGUCUGAACAUGUGUUGUGCUUGGUGCUGUACCUGAUUGAGCUGGGCUUGGACAACCAGGUUCAAGACAACAAGGAGGAUGAAGAGCCUUGCAUUGAGGAACACUGCCAUGACAGCUGGUUCCCUGGCACCAAUCUCCUCUCCAAUCUGCACCAUGUCAUCAACUUUGUAAGGGUCCGGGUUCCUGAGACGGCUCCGGAAGUGAAGAGGGAAGCCCCUCCCAGUACCAGCUGUGAAGCUUCUGCUUAUGGCCAGAACUCAAGGCGUCUUUCAGGAAAUUGGAGAGAGAACCUACGAGAAGCCCAGGUAUUCAGCCUAGUGGCAGAACGCAGGAGGAAGUUCCAGGAGAUAAUCAACCGCAACAACACUGAAUCAACCCAGGUUGUAAGGCCCAAGAGCACUUCGACACGUUGGGUUCCACCAGGCACCCCCCCCCAGCUGGUGACCGAGAUCCUGGAGAUUAGAGAAAGCAUGCUGUCCCUCCUCAUCAAGCUCCACCAGAAGAUGUCACCCAAGCAGAACUCUCUGUCAGCAUCCUGGCUUGAGGACAUGGACACGAGCCGCCUUGCUCAUGGAGACGGCAUUACAGCCAUUGAACGCAUUCUUAGCAAGGCAGCCUCUCGGAGCUGCCAAAUCAAACGCAGCAUUCAAGACAUUUGUGGAGCACCGUAUCCUCCAGUGCCACCAAAGAAGAGCAGCCCCACUGACAAGAAAGCUAUGGAUAAAGAAGAAAGGCGUCAGAGGGCUCGGGAGAGGCAGCAGAAACUGCUUGCAGAGUUUGCAUCAAGGCAGAAGAGUUUCAUGGAAACGGCCAUGGAUGUUGAAUCUCCUGAAAAUGAUGCAGCCAUGGAUUUAGGAUCAUCUGAAACAGUGGAGUCGGAGAUGCUCUAUGACUGUGUAAUCUGUGGCCAGAGUGGACCCUCCACAGAGGACCGUCCAACUGGCCUAGUGGUUCUCCUCCAGGCAUCCUCAGUGCUUGGACACCGCUGCAAAAGCAAAGACCCCAAGAAUCUACCGACGAGUGAUGAAGAACACAUAUAUUCUGCAGACACGUGUGGGGUGGCUCACGAUGUCAGGCUCACGCUCAUGCAACAGUUCUUCAAAGAUAGCUCUUGUCUGCAGUCUGUGUCGAUCGGUUGGGAUGGGGGUGUCUACGUUCAGACCUGUGGGCACACUUUGCAUAUAGAUUGCCAUAAGUCAUACAUGGAGUCUUUGAGGAAUGACCAGGUCCUCCCGGGUUUCUCUGUCGAAAAAGGUGAAUUCACGUGCCCGCUCUGCCGACAGUUUGCCAAUAGUGUCCUUCCCUGUCGCCCUGGGCGUGGCACAGAUGCUGGUGCAUGGCACACACCCACAAACAAGAAGACAUGCGUGCUUUUAAAGGAAGUGGAAGAUCUUCAGGACAAACUUGGCCUUUUUCCAAUGGAAUCUAACUUGAGUAAAGAAAUGGAGCUGGUAAUCAUAGACAUCAAGACCACCACCCAGAAAAAGUACAUGGACUACGGGAAGAACCCUGGCUCUCCUGACAACGAUUUCCUCUUCAUGUAUUCAUUGGCGAGGACCAACUUGGAGCUGGAACUUGUGCAUCGGGGAGGAAACCUGUGCUCCGGAGGAGCCAGUGCAGCUGCCAAACGCUCAUGUCUGAAUCAACUGUUCCAUGUGUUGGCCAUGCACAUGCGUCUUUACAGCAUUGAUUCAGCCUACAACCCAUGGACGAAGUUGACUCAGAUUGCACAAAAUAGAGAGGCAGAUGGCUUCGAUGAAGAGAGACCUGAAGUCCCCAUGCUGUUUCGAGACGUCCCGUCCCUUCUCAUUAUCUUUGUGCUAACUAUGCCACAGCCUCUGCGUAAAGAGCACUUUACCUGUGUUGUGAAGAUGCUGUACAACGUGCAGUACACUCAGGCUUUGGUUGCACAGUCGGCCAAGUUCAGCUCAGAGGAAAGGCAGUCCUGGGUCACUUCAGGAGCACUUAAGAAGAAUGCUGCAAAUUCUGAAAAGUCUUUUGAAGCUCUGCUCAGUCAUGUCAUCGGGGAGCUCUCAAAAGAGAAGAGUGUCUACAAAGUGAACGUUGAAGAGACAAUGGCGCUGAGCUCCAGUGUGUGGUCCCCACAAUCUAUAGAGUUCAGCCUGCAGCAGUUCUGCCUGCCCUUCCUUCGCCUCGCCUGUCUGCUGCAGCACCAUCUCUAUGGAGACAAUCUAACUGGCUGCCUGGAGGAUGAAGAGUUCUCAUCCCUGGCUGUGUGUUUGGGACUACUACCUUCAGCUCCUCAGCCUUCCAACACCAUGCACAGUGCCUCAAGUCUGGAGUGGCCUGUCAGCGCCUUUAGCUUGAUCACCCAGUGGUGUACUGAGGUCACAGGGCUCUCUCAGCUGCAUGCUGAGCAAUCACUGAGCUUGCUGGUCCAAGAUCCUCAGUGGGCUGCACCUCGCCUUCUCCAGCUACCUGACAAUUACAACAUCAUCUUCCAGUACUAUCACAGAAAGGCCUGCACUGCCUGCAAAAAGGUGCCAAAAGACCCUGCGCUCUGCCUCGUUUGUGGCGCUUUUGUCUGCCUCAAAGGCGUGUGCUGCAAACAGCAGGGUACCUGUGAAUGUGUUUUGCACUCCCAACACUGUGGUGCAGCUACAGGCAUCUUUCUACUGAUAAAUGCCUCAGUUAUCAUCAUCAUCCGUGGACAUCGUUUCUGUUUGUGGGGCUCUGUUUACCUUGAUGCCCACGGAGAGGAAGAUCGUGAUUUACGCCGUGGCAAGCCUCUCUUCUUAUGUGAGGAGAGGUAUCGUGUGUUGGAGCAGCAGUGGGUUUCUCACACCUUUGAUCACAUCAACAAGCGUUGGGGGCCUCACUACAAUGGACUCUAAGAUCUUCCACAGUCCACUAAGAAUACAGCAAAUCUAAAUCGAAAAGUUUGAUUUUAUUCCUCCCUCCUCUCCAUGUCCUUGCUUGUCGGCCUUCAUAAAAAUAUUUGGUAACUCUCAACAUGAUGAGCACAAAUAUCUGAUGAGGGUGUCGCUGCCAGAGCUUUGGUUUAUGUGAAGUUUGAUGUACAGUUAAAAGAUUAGCGCGUGUGUGUGUGAGUGGGUGCGAGCGUGUGUUCGUUCAGGUGAUUGAUCAACAAAGAACUGAAUUUGAGGAAAUUAAUAUAAAAAGCACAACUUUACCCAGAUAUUACAUUGGCUUGGAGCAGGAUUUAAAAGCCUGUCCCAUUUAUUUGGGGUUUAAAAAAAAUAAUAAGAAGAAAAAACAACAACAACAACAUAUCAAUCACUGAAUGUCCCUGCAUAGUUGGAUGGUUGGUCUUUUUAAAUUUUUUUGCACCAUUUAUGAAGAAGUUAAAGCAUAUCCCUUUUAUUUAUCAAAAUGUGCUCUGCUGUGCUGGCAUGAAUUUCAAACUCCUGAUGAGUGUAGCGAUGUUGUUGCAAUCUGCACUCGUUGUCUGCUGAGGUGUGAUGGUAGGCAGGACAAGUCCACCCAUCAAUACACUAGAGUUUAUUUGCUAACCAGCAAAGACUCUCUUUUCUGGGUCAAGUUGCAAUUCAUCCUCAGGAAUUUCUUUUCUUUUUUCAUUUUUUGCUGUUUAAAAUACUUUUUAGAUAUUUAAAUAAAUGCUGCUCAUUGUUUAAGUAACUGAUUUUAACUUUUGUGAAUUUUUUUUUCUAAGGUUGUGCUUUGAGUUUACAGUAGAUGGCUGGGAAUGUUGACUCAAACUCACUUUAAUAUUUAAGGAGGUAUGCGGUCCCCAUAUUGCACCCAUCCUGGGUUUCAUAGUUUGGCUGCUGCUUCCCCAUGUUUUUGCUUCUGGUUGGGUUUUGAAGGAAGGGAAAAAAAAAGAACUAUAAGAUGUCUGCAGUCUGUUUGAGUAAUCCAGGAUUCAUCGUCUGCAAACAUCUGAAGCAGUUUUUAAGGAAUAGACUCGGUGUCCUGCUGCAUUGGCAAAACUGAGAACCAUGUCAGAGUACAAAUACCAGAUCAGGUUUUGCAGACUCGAGACAUGAAACUCUGUGAACAGUUUUGUUGCUUGCGAUAAUAAACGCCAGUACUCAUCACUGGUCAUUCUGCGCUGUCUAAAAAGAUUUUUCCCUUUAUGCUUUUAGCAAGUCAUAACUGCAGAACCAAGCAAUUUCUUAUGAUCAUCGCUGACUUGUGCUUCAUUUAGUUGUGAUUUUAUAGUUGCAUUCUGACUUUGCAGGAUCAGACUUGAGUAUCCGUUAUACACUGUGCAUGACAUCCUUUUAAGCAGCCAUUAUUUAAGUGUCUUAGCUACUUAACAUUUUGAUCAUCAACUUUCUUUCUGGAAGACGGGAACUUUCAUUCAGUUGUGCCUGCAAAAGAUGAUUUCUUUUUUUUUUUUUUUUUUUCUUCUGAGUGAUAAACAGAAGUGGCUGACAUCCCUACUCUGGUUUUAGAAAUGCUGGGCCACAUUGUGGAAUCAUUACAGAGCAAGUCAACACUUGAAACUUCCUUUUGAAUUUAUGCAUGCUGCUUUGGUUUACCAGGUUUCUUUCUAUUUUGCAGGACCCACUUUGUAAAUGACCGCAACCAAAUAGCCGAUGAGUAAUGGGUGUAAAUUGUAACUGAAAGCUUCUGUGUUCUUGUGUAUGAAUGAAGAGAGAUUACAGUACAUUACUGUAGGUGCUGACUCAAACUUUGAGUUUGACCGGGAAGUCUGUCUUGGACAUUUAAUGAAAAAUGUAUCAUAUGUGAAUAAAAUAUAAACACUGA